GAGCUCCCAUCUUGACAAGGCUGAAAUUUCGCGGGCUUGCACCUGCUUGAACUCAUCCUACGACGAAUGAUUUUUCAUUUUCUUGCGACGAACAGCUCCGCAAAAGGCGCGCCACGAUUCUAUAAUAUAUCCAACGAGCCUUGCGAUCCGAGAAAGACGCGUCGUAGCACAAUGCGAAGCUCUGUGAACCAACAUCAGAUCCGAAGGUGACAGACGGAGUCGCAUCCACGAGCCCAGCCACAGCACCAGCGAUUUCCCUCUCGAGCCGCUCAGUUUUCCCUUCGAAUCUACGCGGAUUAGACUCCUUUACACGCCACACGAAGCGGAUACCGCUCUCGGCGAUAUAGACGAGACAAUCAAACGAAAAUAAGAGGAAGAAGAAAACACCCAUACAAGCUAUACACACAUAUACAUAUACACACGAUGACGCCCCCGCCGCUCCUCUUCCACGCCCUCCUGCGCCCCGCGGUUCUGCAGAUCCUGCGCGCGACGGGCUAUCACGCCGCGCGGCCUGUGGUGCUCGAUGCCGUGACGGAGCUCGCGGCGCGGUACAUGUACGCGCUGUGCCAGGCGACGGCGCGCCACGCUGCGGACAACAACCCCGACGGCGAGGUGCCCGGCAUUGUCGACGUGCGUAUGGCGCUGCAGGAGCUGGGCGCCGUGCCGCCGGACGACGUGCUCGCUGAGGGCAGGGGCACGAUCUUGGGCGAGAUCCUAGACUCUGGGGACCUUGCGAUGACGACGGCGCUGGCCGAUGUCGCGCGGGAGAGGGAGAGGGUCGAGGACACGAGGGGCGUGGACGAGUUCAUCAAGUGGUUCUCCGGGCCGCGGAACAAGACCAUCCGGGAAGCCGCGGUGGGCGACGGAGAGCUGGAGCUGGGCGAUUACUUGAACGUCCUGAAAAAGAAGCACAGCAAGACGGGCGAGGACUCCAAGUACCACGGCACGAUCAUCGGCAAGGGUAACGACGUCGGCGAGGUCCAGGUCGAGGGCGGAGAUCUGCCGAGCAUUCACACGUGGCGGACUAAAAUGCAGGGGCCCCUGCCGGGCAACGCGCUGUCGGCGGCGUCGCCUCGGAUUAAGGAGGAGUCGAGGCCGCCGAGCUCCGGGCUGAGCUCCGUGGGCGACAGGCUGGGCGACGACCGGGACGGCAUGGACUUGUCGUAG